GACCCACCUACUGCACUGUAACUUGAACAUCCAGUCCAGUGCAUGUCACCUUCCGCCCGCGAGACGCAGCAGGACGACCAGUAGCAUGAGUAAGUGACAGCCCUUGCAGCAAAGUAAGCACAACGCAACCCCCCACUCGUCAUUGACACUGACAUCGACUUGUGGCGGCCGGUGGCGCUCAGAUCAUCCUUAUCCUUACGUCUUAUUGCUGUACAUGACCUGCCUUGGUCUUCCCGCUUUGCGGGUGGACUGGCUGGCUGGCUGGCUGGUUGACUGGUUGACUACUAGUAGUGACCUGUCAGUGUUGGCUGGAUGGCUGGAUGGCUGGCUGCAGAUGAUCUGCUCUGCGUUCGCCUUGGGGGGCGAUGCAAUGCGCUGCGCUGUGCUUCGGGGCGCUUCGGAGUUGUGGCUGAAUUGGAGGGGUCUAGAUUGGGGGUGUUGGGUUGGUUUUAGAGAUGCUUACUGUAGGGUGCGGUGUGGUGAUGGGUGUUGCUUUGGGGAGUACGGUACAUCUUCUGAGAUGCGGGAAAUUGGGCGGGGAGAUAAUACUCAUUGUAACUACCUAAGCUCUAAGGUCCAGCUCGCGGGUUUCUGGGUCUAAGUAAGUGGGCACUGCCGGGUUUACUGGUUCGAGUCUUUCCGGGCCCGGCUUGUUGGCGGGGUUUGGUUGUUUGGGGGUAUAUGUGGGCUACACGGGGCAAGGAUCAAGAGCGGUGCUAUGA